ACAAUUUUAUUUAGUAAACCAAUUGUGCAGUUCAAUCUUUAUCCAACACAUACAUCUAUUUUUAUCACCAGGAAACGUUACGGAAGUCCUCGGAGAAACACACAUCCUGAUUACGUCGCUAAUUUACCUUGCCUACGGUGCCAUAUUUACUGCGUCACUGUUUGGCAACUCAGUCAUCAUUCACAUUAUACGAACAGAUAACUCCAUGAAGAACACUACCAACUAUCUGAUUUUAAACCAAGCGUGCGCCGAUAUUGUGUUUACAUUCGCAGAGUUAACCAGCUUUAUUGUCCGCACUAAUUCUUUAGGGAGCCAAUGGUUUGGGGGACUUCUUGGUUUAGUUACAUGCAAGUUGUUUCUGGAGAUCUUAGUGAUUCCACCCGUAUUUUCAAACUGGAUCCUUGUAGCGAUUGCUGUGGAACGAUUUUGCGCAGUAACUCGACCUCUAAUAUCUUCACCUGUAUCCCAACAUUUAAAGAAAACAAUUUUGGUAUUAUGGGUUUGGGCUAUUGUUUCUUCGACAAACGUCCUUGUUAAAGGAGAAGUUGUCAAAACAAAGCAUUAUUAUUACUGUGAUUUCUCAUCAGAGUGGAUAAAUUCUCAUUUAAUUUUAGCCGCUGUUAACAUUGCUCUACCUCUGUUUGUAGUAGCAGCUCUGUACACAAUUGUAUGUCACAAGUUAUGGUCACGUGAGGUGCCAGGAGAAGGUCCCAAUCAGAAUGAAGGACAGGCCGAAGCUAUAAAUACAGCGAGAAAAGUUACCCGGAUGAUGAUCACAAUUGUAGUCUUGUACGUAAUGUGUUGGUUUCCUUUCGAUGUUUUAUUUGCUUUGAAUGUCGGGGGUUUUGUGGAAAUCAGUCCAAACUUACACAUAUUUCUUAUUUGGCUAACGAUCUCUUACAGUGGCAUUAAUCCUUACAUUUAUCUCACAUUUAGUCAAAAGUUUCGAAAUCAUUUUAGACAUAUCUUUAGGAAUUUCUUCAGGAGAAUCAAGAUCCAUAAUUUUCUUCAUUAUCGAUCCCAAAGCGUAGACUUGGAGCAAUUAUGAAAACAAAAAAUUAAUGCUAAAUAAGUAUAUUCUUGAGUAACUCAUACCUCUGUAGACCCGUUUUUGUUUUAGGUGUUUGCCUCCCUAGAGAUAUCAACAAGAUGGCAACCUCGGGCUGCUUGACCUUCUUGGGUCUGUCUUCUCGGGUUUUUCGACAAGGGGUAGAUCCCACUCUUUCUGUCCUGAUUAGGCUGUUUCAUUUAUAUAGCGUGUCUUUAAUUACAAAUUGAUGAGGUGGAUGCUUCGUGUCAAUCCUAAGCAGAUGAUUGACUGACUACCAAAUUGUAAAUCACUUUACACGUGAACGUGUCGAAAAACUGGGAGGCUUGCAUCUCUUGGGGCACCAGGACACUUAGCACGUGGACGUACUUGCGAAAACUAAUUAGUUCUUCCACAACCUCCGACUGAUUAUCUUAAGAGACGUUUUUCGUACAGCGGAGCUCAGUUGUGGAACAACUUACCUACAGACCUAAGACAAACAU